AUGGAAUCCGACAUACAGUUCGUAGAAAUUAAUGGCGCCCGACUCGCCUACCGCAUCCGCGGACCGGAGAACGCGCCGCUGAUAAUCUCGCUGCACGGCGGCAGGGGGAUGGGAGACCACCGCUCCGAUUUCAAAGCCUACAGCCCGCUUAGCAAUGCUGGUGCGUACAGGUUGCUCUCAUUCGACUACCGCGGCCAUGGACAGAGCUCCAAAACGAAGCCGUACACGUUUGACCAGAUCGUCGAUGAUGUCGAGGGGAUGCGUGUUCAUUUCGCCGGAAAUGGGGCUAAGGUCGUCAUCUGUGGUGGCAGUUUCGGCGGCUUCCUGGCCCUGAGGUACGCCAUCAAGUAUCCUCAGGGACUCGGGUGGUUAUUAUUAAGGGGCACAGCGGCGAGUUGUCAUCAAGAAGAAGACGCCAUCAAAGUCCUCGAGCAGCGCAUCGCCAAAGCCCCCAGCUUCUCGGUCGAAAUGCUGAAGAACAAAGUCUUUGGUCGGUUCGAGAGUGAUCUCGAGUUCCGUCUCGUGCACCUCGCCAUGUCGCCGUUGUAUAGCGAAAAUUUCGACGCGAAUAAGGCGUUGGAGGCGUGUUUGGGGAAUGUUUAUAAUGCUGAGGCACAUAAUGAUUUGUACUCGGAGACAGAGAAGUACUUUGAUUAUCGGGAUCAGUUACAUUUGAUAACAGCUAAAACGCUGGUGGUUGUUGGACAGGAGGAUUGGAUAUGCCCGCCGGAGAAUUCGAAGUACAUUGCGGACAGGAUCCCAGGCGCCAGGUUGUUGAUUGUUGACGGUGCGAAUCAUAGUGUGCAUCUGGAAAAGAAUGAGCUAGUGUUAAGGGAGAUACGUCAACACCUGGAAACGUAG